AUGUCACAUCGAAUAAGUUCAACUAACAACCCCUUCAGCGAGCGGGAUUUUAACCUCUUGAAAUCUGGUGCUCUUGAGAAGUCACGGUCUGUGGUUUCUAGACGUGAGCAGGUAUGGGAUAACAUUGUUGAUGUUGGUGAGGGAGUGAAGGCAAAUGAUGUGGAGGAGCUGAUGGCGCGGCUAGAGCAACACGGUCUACGGCGAGUGCUUGCCGAAAACGAAGGGGGAACUGGUGCCCUUCAUGCGGCGGAUGGCACACACGGAACCGAAAAUUGUGAUACCUCAACAGAAGACAUUGAUGAGGACGAUAGUUGCGAAAAACGAGCACCAUACUACUACAUGUGUGUCCCGUGUGAAUUGUCAUUAACUGAAAUUUCCACCAAACCAGCAACCAUGAGGAUGUUGCAAGAUGCCCAUUAUCACUUCUCGUCCGCUGAGCAUCGAUGUAUUGCAUCGUGGAUGGGUGUGGUUGAUAUUGAGAAGACACUUGCUGUCACAUCACGGCUAGAAGUUGGGGGGUACAUUAGAAUUUUUGUUAAUGGUAUUCCUUUUCUUAUAUCGGCCCGUCCGGGAGGCGGAGGUAUGUUCUAUCCACUUCCCCACGAAACAGUGGAGGCACGGGAACAAUCGGGACGAAACGCAGAACCCAGCAAGGGAACUGCAGUUCGAAAGGAAAUUUGGUACAGACCCCUACAAAGCGUAUUUACAAGGUGUAAACAAAUCCUCUACACCGCCGCUUCGCGUCAGAAGUUGCGUGGAGAGAGCAGUCCAUUCCGCGCCCAAAGGCGCAACGGUAUUGUGCUGCUGCACAUCCCAAUGAAAACGUACGAGCGGGAGAGUUUUAUUCGAGGGCCGUCGGUGCCAGCCCUCUUUGAGGUACAAAGGGAGCGAGUGUCGAAUAAGAAAAGGAGACACAAAGAAAACGGAACCCGGACUUGUUAUGUGAUGCGCGAGAAACCAAUAGCAGCCUGGGAGGACGAGGAUGACUCAACGGAUGCGAUAAGUAAAGUUACUGUGAAGGAGGAGGGCGUGUACCGCCUUGUAUUGCUUUGUUCAGAUGAUGUCAGAAGGUCUAUGAGACAAGCAGAGGAAGAGGAACACGAACCGGAAACGCGGGUGUCGGGUGAGGUGACUCAUCCUCUUACGGUGGAGGCCUUACAAAUGAUUGGAGGGACAACCAGAGAAGAAAGCAACCAGUCGGACGGCAAAUCUCUGAGCUACGAUUCGAGUUCUUGGAGCCGAAAAACAUAA